AUGGAGGAUGAAGCUGUCCUGGACAGAGGAGCUUCGUUCCUUAAGCAUGUGUGUGAUGAAGAAGAAGUAGAAGGCCACCACACUAUCUACAUUGGGGUCCACGUGCCGAAGAGUUAUAGAAGAAGGAGACGUCACAAGAGAAAGGCAGGACACAAAGAAAAGAAGGAAAAAGAAAGAAUCUCUGAGAACUACUCUGACAAGUCAGAUGUGGAAAAUGCUGAUGAAUCAAGCAGCAGCAUCUUAAAACCACUCAUCUCCCCCGCAGCAGAACGCAUUCGAUUCAUCUUGGGAGAGGAGGAUGACAGCCCCGCACCCCCCCAGCUCUUCACCGAGUUGGACGAACUGCUGUCUGUGGAUGGGCAGGAGAUGGAGUGGAAGGAGACAGCGAGGUGGAUUAAAUUUGAAGAAAAAGUAGAACAGGGUGGGGAGAGAUGGAGCAAGCCCCAUGUGGCCACCCUGUCCCUUCACAGUUUGUUUGAGCUGAGGACGUGCAUGGAGAAAGGAUCCAUCAUGCUUGACAGGGAGGCGUCUUCCCUCCCACAGUUAGUGGAGAUGAUUGUUGACCAUCAGAUUGAGACUGGCCUAUUGAAACCUGACCUUAAGGAUAAGGUGACCUAUACUUUGCUCCGGAAACACCGCCAUCAGACCAAGAAAUCCAACCUUCGAUCGCUGGCUGACAUUGGGAAGACAGUCUCCAGUGCAAGUAGGAUGUUUACCAACCCUGAUAAUGGUAGCCCAGCCAUGGCACAUAGGAAUCUGACUUCCUCCAGUCUGAAUGACAUUUCUGAUAAACCUGAAAAGGACCAGCUAAAGAACAAAUUCAUGAAAAAACUUCCACGUGAUGCAGAAGCUUCGAAUGUGCUUGUUGGGGAAGUUGACUUUUUAGAGACACCGUUCAUUGCCUUUGUUCGGCUACAGCAGGCUGUCAUGCUGGGUGCCCUGACUGAAGUCCCUGUGCCCACAAGGUUCUUGUUCAUUCUCUUAGGUCCUAAGGGGAAAGCCAAGUCCUACCAUGAAAUUGGCAGAGCCAUAGCCACCCUGAUGUCUGAUGAGGUGUUCCAUGACAUUGCUUAUAAAGCAAAAGACAGGCAGGACCUGAUUGCUGGCAUUGAUGAGUUCCUGGAUGAAGUUAUUGUCCUUCCACCUGGAGAAUGGGAUCCAGCAAUCAGGAUAGAGCCUCCCAAGAGUCUUCCAUCAUCUGAUAAAAGAAAGAAUAUGUACUCAGGUGGAGAGAAUGUUCAGAUGAAUGGGGACACGCCCCAUGAUGGAGGACAUGGAGGUGGAGGGCAUGGGGAUUGUGAAGAAUUGCAGCGAACUGGAAGGUUCUGUGGUGGACUAGUUAAGGACAUAAAGAGGAAAGCACCAUUUUUUGCCAGUGAUUUUUAUGAUGCUUUAAAUAUUCAGGCUCUUUCAGCGAUUCUCUUCAUUUAUCUGGCAACUGUAACUAAUGCUAUCACUUUUGGAGGACUGCUCGGGGAUGCCACUGACAACAUGCAGGGCGUGUUGGAGAGUUUCCUGGGCACAGCUGUUUCUGGAGCCAUCUUUUGCCUUUUUGCUGGCCAGCCACUCACUAUUUUGAGCAGCACAGGACCUGUUCUAGUUUUUGAGAGGCUUCUAUUUAAUUUUAGCAAGGACCAUAAUUUUGAUUAUUUAGAGUUUCGCCUUUGGAUUGGCCUGUGGUCAGCCUUCCUCUGUCUCAUUUUGGUAGCCACUGAUGCCAGCUUCUUGGUUCAGUACUUCACUCGCUUCACUGAAGAAGGCUUCUCUUCUCUGAUCAGCUUCAUCUUUAUCUAUGAUGCUUUCAAGAAGAUGAUCAAGCUAGCUGAUUACUACCCCAUCAACUCCGACUUCAAAGUGGGCUACAACACCCAUUUUUCCUGUGCCUGCAUGCCACCUGACCCAGUUAAUAUCUCAAUAUCUAAUGAUUCCAUGCUGGCUCUAGAAGAUUUACCAACUGUUUCUUCUACUGAUAUGUACCAUAAUGGCACCAUUGACUGGGCAGUUUUGUCAACGAAAGAGUGUUUAAAAUAUAAAGGGAAACUCGUGGGGAACAACUGUAACUUUGUUCCUGAUAUCUCUCUCAUGUCUUUCAUCCUUUUUUUCGGCACUUACACAUCUUCUAUGGCUCUCAAGAAAUUCAAAACUAGUCGUUAUUUUCCAACCACAGCCAGAAAACUUAUCAGUGACUUUGCCAUUAUCUUGUCCAUUCUCAUCUUUUGUAUAAUAGAUGCCCUGGUAGGUGUGGAUACUCCAAAAUUAAUUGUGCCAAAUGAACUAAAGCCAACAAGUCCAAACCGAGGUUGGUUUGUUCCACCGUUUGGAGGAAACCCCUGGUGGGUAUACCUUGCAGCUGCUAUCCCUGCCUUGUUGGUCACCAUUCUGAUUUUCAUGGACCAGCAGAUUACAGCUGUGAUUGUAAACAGGAAAGAACAUAAACUCAAGAAAGGAGCUGGGUACCACCUGGAUCUCUUCUGGGUGGCCAUCCUCAUGGUGGUGUGCUCCUUCAUGGCUCUCCCGUGGUAUGUAGCUGCUACCGUCAUUUCUAUUGCUCACAUUGACAGUUUGAAGAUGGAGACUGAGACUUCUGCACCGGGAGAACAACCAAAAUUUUUGGGAGUGAGGGAACAAAGAGUCACUGGAACCCUUGUGUUCAUUCUGACUGGUCUGUCAGUCUUUAUGGCUCCCAUCUUGAAGUUCAUCCCCAUGCCUGUGUUGUAUGGCGUGUUCCUGUAUAUGGGAGUAGCGUCCCUUAAUGGUGUGCAGUUCAUGGAUCGCCUGAAGCUGCUUCUGAUGCCCCUGAAGCAUCAACCUGACUUUAUCUACCUGCGGCAUGUCCCCUUGCGCAGAGUCCACCUGUUCACGUUCCUGCAGGUGCUGUGUCUGGCGCUGCUCUGGAUACUCAAGUCAACUGUAGCUGCUAUCAUUUUUCCAGUCAUGAUCUUGGCCCUUGUAGCUGUCAGAAAAGGCAUGGACUACCUCUUCUCCCAGCAUGACCUCAGCUUCCUUGAUGAUGUCAUUCCAGAAAAAGACAAGAAAAAGAAGGAGGAUGAAAAGAAAAAGAAAAAGAAGAAAGGAAGUCUGGACAGUGACAAUGAUGAUGAGAGAGAUCAUCAACAUUCCUUGAACGCCACACAUCGUGCUGAUAAAAUUCCUUUCCUUCAAUCACUCAGUAUGCCAAGUCCUCCUAGAACUCCAGUGAAAGUUGUGCCUCAAAUUAGAAUAGAACUUGAGCCUGAAGACAAUGAUUAUUUCUGGAGGAGCAAGGGAACAGAAACUUCAUUGUAACCCAUUUGUCUUUCUUAAUACUGACAAUUUUUGUUCUUUAUGU